UUCUAUCCACGAGAUUUAUUGAAUAAUAUUUUUGCACCAUACAUUUCUCAUUAGUACACGUUCAGAGAUUGGUCGGAGCUAGAAUUUGUUUUGGCUGACUGACCAAUCUCUUGAAGGCGAGAUGUGGUGGGAAACGAAUUCGCGUAAUCAAUAUUAUUUCCAAAACGAAAGGAAAGCGACAAACAACAACGAAAGGCGCUGACUUUGACAAUAUUGACUUUUUAAAGAAAGACAGUUUUCCAUUCGAUAUGUGCGUGUACAUCGAAUUUUCAAACAUUUGUGCUAAAGUAAUCUCGAUAAAAGUGUCAUAAGUAAUAAGGUUAUUACGAGGAAAAAUAUGUCUUUGAUGUAUUAGAGUAUAAAAUUCAUAUUUAUUAAAAUGUGUUCGUGUCUGAUCAAAUUAUUGGAAAAACAAAGAUGAUGCAGGGUCACGUAAAAUUACAACGAAACAUUUGAUCAUAAGAUUAUUAUUAUGAUUGUCAGAUGAAAAGCAGUUUGACAGUUAAGAAUUUGACACUACACUUUUAUUCUUGGGAACAAUUCAUCCGGUUAGAUCAUCAAAUUUACACUUGCUCCCUGUUCUUUACACAAGCUCAUAGUUGCAAUGUAUCAAAUGGGCCAUGGCAUAUUACUGCAAUGAGCAAUCAUCACUCCUCCAUUGGUUGUCUUUUAACACUCAGCAGCAGACUCAAUGAGUUCAGUUCCUUACUCAUGCUCGUGGAAUUUUAAAACAUGGAACGGCUGACUAACGAAGUACAUCUUGAUCUUACUGUGGAUGAAAGUGAGCUUAUCGAAGGUGCGACUGAAGUUGUUAAGAGUAUAAGACCUGAUUGGCCUGUUGAUCAAUUUCGAUUUAAGGUUUUCACAAAUGGGAUCACUAAUAAAUUGGUGGGAGUUUGGUAUCCGGAUCAUUACAACGAAAUGGUCCUGGUUAGAGUUUAUGGCCACAAAACAGAUUUGCUGAUCAAUCGCAAAGAUGAAACAAGAAAUAUUCGGAUUCUGCACAGAGCUGGCUACACACAUUCCUUGUACGCAACUUUCAACAAUGGACUUGCUUACGAAUUUAUUCAGGGUGAUAUUCUUACAGUUGAAAAUGUAAGACAGCCGGAUGUUUAUUGGUUGGUUGCUAAACGUAUGGCUCAGAUGCAUAAGUUAAAUCCCAAUCUCCCAGAUACAGGAAAAGAGCCAAUCAUUUGGGAAAAGACGGAAAAAUUUAUGAGCAUCAUGCCCAAGGAAUUCGAUGACCCGGAGAAGCAACUCAGAUUCGAAAACCUCGUGGCGCCGUAUCACGUUUUGGAGAAUGAAUACACAUUCUUAAAAGCAGUACUUCCGAAACUCAACAAUCCUGUUGUUUUCGCUCACAACGAUCUUCUUUUGGGAAACAUUCUAUACAACAAGAAGGAAAAUACUGUAACAUUCAUUGACUUUGAGUAUACAGGGUACAACUACCAAGCCUUCGACAUAGCAAAUCAUUUUGCUGAAUUUGUGGGUAUAGAGAUGCCAGAUUACGCUUUGUAUCCGGAUGAAACUUUCCAAAGAUCCUGGAUUAGGAUUUACUUGCAAGCAUAUCGAGAAACGAGCAACGUGUCUGAAGACGAUGUUAAUGUUUUGUACGAACACGUCAGAAAAUUCCUCCUUCUGUCUCACUUUUUCUGGGGCUGUUGGUCACUCAUACAGAGCAAGCAUUCCUCCAUCGACUUCGACUUUUUACAGUAUGCAUCAAUCAGAUUCAAGGAAUAUUUUCAUCGGAAGGACUCUUUGAUUGAAAAAUUCGAAAACUGUUGAAUUCCUCAAUAGUGUAUAUGAUACCAAAAACUUUGAAAUGCUCACGCGAAAGAGAGUUGUGCGUCAAACGUACAACUUAAUGCUUUGAAAUAUACAAUAUCAAAUUGAUAUUGAUAAGACGAGAGAAUAUUGAACCAAAGGAUAAAUAAAACGUAACUAAUUGAG